GCGCUCCCGGGUCACCGAGUGACCUUGAGCGCUUCGGGCAGACAUGGCGCUGGCGGCGGCUGCGGCGCUGGGGCGCCUGAACCUUCUGAGCUGUGCCCGGGGCCGAGCUCUGGUCCUGGGCCCACGCGUGGUUAGACCCGCCUUCGUCUCAGCAUCUCUGCCGGACCGGCCUGCCCCUGGAGGACGGCACAUCCACCUGUCUGCCAGCCGCAGCUCUAACUCUAAGGCUGCGUCUCUGCACUGGACUAGUGAGAGAGCUGUCAGUGUCUUGCUGCUGGGCCUUCUCCCAGCUGCCUAUCUGUACCCGAGCUCUGUGGUGGACUACUCACUGGCUGCAGUUCUUACCCUCCAUAGUCACUGGGGUCUUGGACAGGUUAUUACUGACUAUGUUCAUGAAGACAAGUUGGUGAAAGGAGCCAAUGCAAGUCUCCUGAUGCUCUCAGCCGUGACCUUUGCAGGACUCUGCUAUUUCAACUAUCGUGAUGUGGGCAUCUGCAAAGCUGUCGCCAUGCUGUGGAGCCUCUGACUUCCCUGGGAAGUGAAAUGAUUGUAUACCCAUUGCCUCUGCUCUAUCACAUUAUUAACCAAUGAAAAUGAGAGGAAAGUAUCAAUGAACUUCACUGAGGAGACCUCACCCGUUCUCCAGUAAGGCACAGUUAUUUCAAUAAUUGGUCUCUAUGAGGAAUAUAAUCCAAGAAGGAUUAGAUGAAGGAAAUUGUGAGAUUAGUUUGUGUUCCAAGUUCUGAGAGUUACUAAGUUGUCUCAGGACCUCACUAGGUUUAUAUCUUGCUUAACCCUUGUAAGCUGCCACAUUUUAAUUUACUGAUCUCUUAAUUCAGUUAUUCAUCAUCCUGUUGUGACUGGAUUUGUCCAGCAGCCCUGUCCCUCUUAAAAUGCUUCUUCUUCUUGGGAAUACUGAGCAAAAGAAGACAUUUUGUUAAUUCAUAUAAUAAAAAAAUUUGUAAGAAAGGAAACCAUGUGUUUUAUUUUGAGAACCUUUCAUCUCUUUAUACGCAGUUCAAAUGUCUUCACUGUUACAUGGCUUAAGGAAAGCUUGAUGUUGGGAGAGUGCUGAUGCCUAUGUUCUUUUUAUUGUUAAUCUCGUUGAUUGUAUGAGGACUAGGGUUCCAUUUCCCAUUUGCCAAAAUAGAGAUUAAUUUUCCCUAAAAAGCAUAAAAGCUCUCCCUUGGCCUUGGUUGGCUUCUGCCUCUCUUGAUAUAGAUUCCUGGUCACUAAGGGUGUAAAUAAGCCCUACUCACAUAGAGUCAGGGCUUUUCCAACUUGGUGGAUUUCUGAAGACUAUGCAAGUCACUGUAUCUUGUCAAGCUGACCAGACAGUUACCAUAUGGAUUUGAGGGACUUAAGUGCCAUUGUUGCCCUGUUGCAUAUUCUUGGUAUAUUAGGACGAAAUAAACCUUUUGUUAACUGUUAAAUGCCUUAUGAAUGUUUCAUAUCACCUCAGCAUCCAAACUCAGUAAAGUGCUGGUGUUAAGUUCCCCCCUAACACCAAUUUGCAAGUCUGAAGAGAGGUGGGAGAGGUUUAGAUUGUAUGAGUUGGAGGCAGCUGAGUGUCUGGAGCCCAGAUUGGGGAGAAAAGGAUUUCUAAAAGUAAGACUGGCCAAGUGUUAAGAAUAAAAUUGUAGAGGUAUGAAUUGAUCCAAACAUUUUGGAAAACAAUUUGGAAUUAUGCCACAAAAGUGACUAAAAUGUUUAUACCUUUUGAUCCAGAGGUUCUCCUAUUAGGUGUAUACCCCAAGGAAGUCAGUGGGUAAAGGGAAGAUCCCUGUAUACACUGCAAAUAACAGGAAUCAAAGCAAAUAAUCAUCAGUUGGAAAAUGGCUGAACAAAUGUGAAUGUAAUGUAUGAUGGUCGCCUGAGUCUGGAAGCAUGACCCUCAUGCUCCACAGAGAAUGUAAAGUACCUUGAGUAAAUGUAAAUAGCAAAUCUGCAACUGUCCCACGGAAAAACUUGCAUGUGACCCUGGUCCCUCUUGGGCACUGUGCUUUCUUUGUUCUGUUUCUAUAUAAUAUGACCUGGCCUGAGGUUGGGUGUGGAAAUCCAUUCUGUCUUUUUGCCAGCAAGGACUAGGCCUCUUUGAGUAAACUCCUGCAAUUAACUCUAAUAAAACCUAUUAAUAACUAA